AUGACUCGAACUUGCCGGCCGGUGCCAUGGGGAUGUGAACCUGAGCUCCGAAAAAAAGUGCCGAUAUUAAUACAAACGCCUGCAAAGAACUCACUCCUAUUCGAAAAGACACUUCAAGCUACUCUUGUUGUGGACUUUUCGACCUUUACUUCCCUUCAAUCGGGUUUCAUUCACCAACGUUCCCCGAGUCGUCACCGAGUACAUACUUGUACACUGCACUGCGUCAAUCCCGCCUUCCACUCCACAGACCACUUCUCGAAAUCCCCAACCACGACCACCACAACCACCACAACCAUCACAACCAUCACAACCACCACAACCACACAACCACCACAACCACCACAACCACCAUAA